ACAUGACACACUUUCACUCCCUCUCCCCCCCUCUCCCCUACCGCCACAUAUAGACACAAAAAACAGACCAAAAAAACACAAAACAAAACAAAAAAGCUCAUUGAUUUUGCAGCUGAGAUCAUGAAAUCAUCACACCACCAGCAACCCACAAACACAAAUCCAAACACAAUGUCAUCAUCUUCAUCAACCCUUUUCAUUUCAUCUCUCAUAAUCCUCUGGUACUCCUCCAACAUUGGUGUUUUACUAUUAAACAAGUACCUUCUUUCUAACUAUGGAUUCAGAUUCCCAAUCUUUCUCACAAUGUGCCACAUGUCAGCUUGUGCAAUCCUGAGUUAUUUGUCCAUUGUGUUCUUCAAGAUUGUGCCUCUUCAGGCUGUGAAAUCCAGGAAUCAGCUGCUCAAGAUUGCAACUUUGAGUGUUGUGUUUUGUGGGUCGGUUGUGGGUGGGAAUAUAUCUCUUAGGUAUCUGCCGGUUUCGUUUAACCAGGCUGUGGGUGCCACCACUCCUUUUUUUACUGCUGUUUUUGCUUACUUGAUGACCUUUAAGAGGGAGGCUUGGGUUACUUAUGCUGCUCUUGUUCCUGUUGUUACUGGUGUUAUCAUUGCUAGUGGUGGUGAACCGAGUUUUCACUUGUUUGGAUUUAUUAUGUGCAUAAGUGCGACUGCUGCAAGGGCCUUUAAGUCUGUUCUUCAGGGUAUCCUGCUUUCAUCUGAAGGAGAAAAGUUGAACUCAAUGAACUUGUUGUUGUAUAUGUCCCCUAUAGCAGUAUUAGUACUGUUGCCUGCAGCACUGAUAAUGGAGCCUAAUGUACUGGAAGUCGCUUUAUCUCUGGGAAGAGAACAUAAAUAUAUGUGGUUAUUAUUGAUUCUUAAUUCAACAAUGGCGUACUCGGCUAACUUGUCAAACUUCUUGGUCACUAAGCAUACAAGCGCACUGACUCUCCAGGUACUAGGAAAUGCGAAAGGUGCAGUUGCGUUUGUAAUCUCGCUAUUCAUAUUCCGGAAUCCUGUCACCGCUAUAGGCAUCGGAGGCUACACCAUGACUGUAUCGGGUGUAGUUGCUUACGGAGAAACAAAGAGAAGGUUUCGAUGAAUAUUCUUUUUCCUUUCUAUUCCUUUUUGUUAGAAGUUAGUUACGUUUGUUGGCCAGAUCGUCUUAUUUUGCGUUAUAUAGAGAGAGUUGAAUUAUAAUUGUGUUGUAUUUAUUAUAUAUCUAUUCAAUUCUAUUCUUAUUCUGCUCAA